AUGCUUUGGAAUUACUCUGUGUUAUUUUUGUGGUUGAUAGUGCCUGUGUUGCUGGGUACCUUGAGCCGAACAAGUACAGCUGAACCUCAACCCACGCCAUCGACCAUAGUCGAUAUACUUUCGGCGGAUGUGGGAUAUUCAUAUUUUCUCAGAGAGCUUCAAACAAACGGCUUAAUACCUUUAUUAAACCAGUUAGAGAAUGUUACUUUGUUGGCUCCCAUCAACCUGGCAUACGCGAAACGUGGUGCUCUGAAGUUGUCAAUAACAAGUGAACAGGUCCUUUCGAAGUACAUCAUUAACCAGAAGUUUAGAGUGGGAUAUAUGAAUAAAUCCGAUGCCAUUUUUGAGACUUUAUACGAAGUAAAUGGACGACCUUAUAUUAUAAAAGUCUCUCCCGAUGUCAAAAAACAUGAAUACUUGGUUGAAGGCAAAGCUGCUAUCGUUGAACCAGAUAUUUAUGCCAAGCAUCAGCAUUCCUUUAUCCAGGGGAUAGAUGAAAAACUUCCUGAUAAGGAUACCAUUUGUGAUUUCUUUAUGGACGAAGAUCAGACCUUGAAUGGGAAGACUGUUUCUUUUAUUAAGGAUAUGGCGAGGCUGCUCAUAGCAGAUGCCAUUAAAGUAUCAGAGAUCGAUGAGACAACAUAUAAUGAUGUUUAUGAUGAAUUUAAGAAUACGAAGAAAACGAACAAAAAGAAGAAAAAGAAAAAGAAAAUUACGAUUCCCAAUUCUUGUGAGGAGCUAUUUAAUAACACGAGAAGUUUUAUUUUGCCAACCGAUGACUACAUUCGCCAGUCCCUUCCUGAUUUAGAUAUAGAAUACUAUGCUUCCUUAGCUGAAGUUAUUCGUAAUAGGAGUGUUGCGAUAACAGGCAAAGCUGUCCAUGAAAUUAGGGUCGAUAUUUUGAACCUUUUAGAGAGCUUAAUGUCUCCGGACCUUAUUGGAGGUGAAAAUGGUACCACAAACAGUUUCAAUCACCAUAAGAGUAAAAAUUCUAAAGUUAGUUUCAAUAGUACUAUUGAGCCAAAAACAAACCAAUUAUUGUUGAAUGGAAAAAUAUCAAUGUCUUUGAAUACCUCAAGCGUUGUUUUUGCUAAUGGUAUCGUUAAUGUUUUUCAUAGCGACAACUCUGGGAAUUUCUUUCAUGACUUUGGCCUUAGCACAGUAGAAAUGAUACCUCGUAAGGCACUUUAUGCUAUCCACUAUUCAAGUUUUGUAAAGGAGCUAGAAUUCAGAUCUCUCGGUUACUUGAUUGAUGGUUCCGUUAAAAAUCAAACGAUAUUUCUUGACAUUGAUCAAGAUGAUUAUACUGCAGAAGAUGAAAUAAGCUUACUUGUUAGCACAAACUCGUUUAGUUCGAAGCAAUCCUUAUUAUAUCAGUUUGUCGAUGAAUUAGUUGAUAUCGAAAAACGCGAUGGAAACAUUAAUAAUGGCUUGGAUGCUCUUUUGAAUACGAAAAUGUGUUCUAAUAAAAAAAUUGGUGAAAAUUGUUUUAAACUCAAGAUUUCAGCUUUAAAGGACGAUAAAAAAAUUAAAUAUAUUAUGAAUGAUGAGAUCAAAAUACUAACCCGCCCAAUUCGUGGAGCUAAUGAUACAAUUUUCUAUAUCGUGGAUAAAGAGAUUUCUCCGCCGUCUUCAUUUGGUCAUUCUUUAGUAAAUUUGCUAUCCAACGCAGAACUACUGUCGAGAUAUGUUGCAGUUGAUAAAAAAUCUUGCUUGAGUACAAUUGAAAUUUUAAAUGAGUUCAAUUUAAUGUCUUUAGAAGAAAAUAAAAAGGGGUAUACAGUUUUCCUUCCAUGCGGAAAACAUGAGAAACCAGGGGAAACCUCAUUGAAGGGCAAAAAAGAAAGAGGAGCAUGGAAAUCUUUGGGAUUAAUAUUGCGUUAUUUAAAGUCCAACCCGAAACUAUUUGAAAAAAUCAUGAAGGGCAUUUUCGUCGAAGAAUUAAUAUACUCUAAUUUUGGUCUCAAUCGAAACAGUACGUUGUUGACGGAAAAUUUGAAAGGAGAUACGGUAUUAGUCAAUGGCUCUUAUGACGACAAUUCCAACAGGCACUUCAUUUCCUUGAAUGAUACUAAAAUUUUGGUUCCGAUCAACUCAGAUAUUUUUUUUAACGAGGGUGUCAUACACGUUACAGAUAAACUAAUCUUUCCUGACGACUUUAAAAUUUCAUUUUUAGAUCUUGUCAAAACGACUUUUGAUUUGAGUAAUGAAAAAUUUUCUAUUUUAAAUUUAAUUCAGCGAUUUCCAUCGCUUAUGAAAGAAAUUGGUCUUGAUGGUCAUAUUCUGUCUUCAGGUUAUUCUUUGUUAGUCCCAAGCCCAGAAUCGUUGAAGAGUUUCAAUAUAACAGAAGAUUUUGCGCAGCUUGAUAAAUUUUUUGAGUUUCACUUGAUUCCAAAUGAUCAGUUGGCGCCAUUAUUAGAUUGCGUAGAAGACGCUCCUAUCAGAAAUAACAAUGGUGAAAGCAAAUAUAUACAUACCAAUUUAAGUGGUCCUGUCUUGACUUGUGAUCGUGAGAAAAAAAAUAAGCAUUCCGUGUUGAGAUUGGAGUCACUGUCUGUUAAAACUGAGUCAUAUAAUAAAGAUCAUGAGGUAAGGAUAAUGUCACAUGGUUGUACCUCUUUUAACAGCGAUGGAAUCGACGAAUCGACAAGCUGUGUAUUCUUAUUAGAUAAGCCUUUAAAUUUGCAAUGGCUAAAUUCCCAUGAAGACUUUUUACCAAUACAUUUACAUCUUGGCUUUGUGAGCGUUGGAAUAGGUGUGAUUUUGGGCAUAGUGAUAUUCGGAGGAAUAUUGUUUGGAUUUAUUGCUUAUAUAGAGAAGCCAAAGAAGAGCGACUCGAGCCUGUUGUCUAAAGAUUUUGAUCUUCCACCACACGACGAGUCAAGCUUUAUUAGGGUUCUCACAGAUGAAGGUCCUACUAUGUAUGACAGAGGUUAUGAAACUGACAUUGAUAUGUUAAAAUCAGAUAGGGAUCUACUUAUUCCUGCUCAUGCAAAGAAAAAAUUUAGAAGAAAAUAUGGCGCUAUAGAAGGUCAAAAGGAUGCUAAUUCCAACAAUAAUAAAGACAAAUCACUGUCGACCGCUCCAAGGAACAUACAAACUGGUAACAUCAUAGCUUCCUUAAAUAGGGACAGGAACCUUCCUGGUGUGUUUUGA